AAUUGUUUUGAAGAAGCCAUUAUCUUCAGACAAAUUACACACCCCAAAUGAUUCCCAGUGCUCGAUGCAAUUUCAAUGUUUAAGAUGCUUUCAAUGCUCCAUGUUCCGCAAUGCUCAAAACAAAUUCAACGUUCAAUAAUCGGAUCGCAAUCCAGACUCUUGGAAAAACAGAUCCCAUCUCAUAGCAACUAUAGGCUGAAAGCCGUCUUGGUAGCAGGAAAUUUCAUCUUCCUGCCCUUACAUUAUUAAGAUUUUCCAAGUAUUAUUUUAUUGGUGGCGUGAUGCAAAAAAAGAAAUCUUCUACCCGGAUUUAUCAACCUUUGAGACCUAUCUAUAGACUACUGCUGUAUGUCUCACUAUAAACUCCUACAUUCAAUUCGAUGUAUCUCUUUUCCCUCUAUAUUCGAAUCACAAUUUGUACAUGCGCGAUCUCUUUCCAUAAUUAUGGUUGAUAGUUUUCAGCCAUAUUCUCCAAGCUGGCCUGAAUCAACUUUUAUGCCGUGCUAUCUUGUCGAGAGACAUAAGAAUUUUUUCUUACCCCUUGGUGGCUUCAAGUAUUUGCCUAGACGUCCAGGUAUUUAGUAUUUCAAUAUUCCCUACCUUAAUCCAUUUCUUACCUCUCCUUCAUUCUCAUCAUAAAUUGUCCUUCUUUUUACAUUUAAGUCCUCCAUCUUUCUGGAGCUGCGACCACGCCAAUCUUUAAGCAUCACUCGUUUUGCUCAAAGCAAUCAUGGCACCACGUUCGUUAAGAGAUUCUUUAUUCUUGGCCGCCACCUUUGGUGUUGCAAGUGCAAGCAUCAAAUUAGAAGGUCGUCAUCCUCAACAUCGGGAUCUUGUACCCCGUCAAGAAAACUGUCCACUUCCGGUGACAGUCACCGUCACUGUCGUUCCAAGUUAUUGUCCAACGGUGCCACCUUCUAGUAUCGCAACAUCUUCGGCUUUUGCUACAUCUAGUUUGGGAUCUGAAUCGAUAACCAGUACCGAGCCAAUUUUCUCCAGUCAAUCGACUUCGAUUCCGACUGUGAGUAGCAGUAUUCCAGUAUCACUUUCGAGUAGCGGAUUGCCAGCAUCAACUUCGACUGCGAUCAGUUCUGGAAGCUUUCCCUCAUCCAUUGGUUCUGUCUCAUCUCAAGCCAGUGUGCUUCCAACUAUUUCGAGCUCGGUGUUGUCAUCAUCGGUACUCUCCUCGUCGGCAAUUCCAUCAUCGGUGUUCUCAUCAUUGGUACUCCCAUCAUCGGUACUUUCAACUUUCAGCAUUUCGGAAUCGCAAGUGUCUUCAGUAUAUAUUUCGGUCAGUAGUACUUUAUCAUCGGAAACUGUUGAAACCAGCAGUAACGUUCAGUCCACAGCUCCAGCAUCCUCCUCGGCGGCUGUGGGAACAUCGACAUCAGCCUUUACUACCUUUUCCGAGCAAUCCAGUUUCUCAAGCGUAGCUACUUCUUCCGGUUAUUUGGUCUCCUCAUCAUCGGCAGUACCAACGGAUUCAGUCCCUCUCAGCAGUAGCGUACCUACAAUUUCCAGUAGUCAAUCCGCAAUUUCUUCUGCUGGAAGUUCAGUUGCAUCUGAGAUAUCUUCCUUCUCAGGAAGCAGUGCCUCACUUUCUACGUUGGUAUCCGCAGCCCCUAGCUCAGUUUCUGAAGUCAGCAGUACGGAAAGUCUCUCAUCGGCGGUUUUCACAUCGGUUUUCAGCUCAGAUUUCGGAAUUUCGACGUCAAUUCCAGCCGCAACUAGCAGUUUCUCUUCGGAGCCAGUAAUUUCAAGCUCGACCAUUGUUUCAUCAAGCUCUGCUAUUGAAACGAGCGUCUUGAGCUUUUCCUCUGGAGCUGUCAGUUCUGUUCUUUCAACCUCCUCUUUGAUCCCAUCAGUACCGUCGUCGACUGUUUCUGAGGCAUCGACUUCUAUACCCGCCACUAGUAGCAGCUUCUCUUCCGAGCCAGUAGUUUCAAGCUCGGCCUUCCUUUCAUCAAGUUCUGCUGUUGAGACGAGUGCUUCGAGCUUUUCCUCUGGAGCUUCGAGUUCGGUUAUUCUAAGCUCUUUGAUCCCUACAGUAUCAUCCUCGGUCGUUUCUGAGCCAUCAUCGACUUCAAUACCUGUCACUAGUAGCAGCUUCUCUUCUGAGCCAGUAAUUUCAAGCUCAGCCGUGCUUUCAUCAAGCUUUGCUGUUGAAACAAGUGCUUCGAGCUUUUCCUCUGCAGCUUCGAGUUCUGUUGUUCUAAGUUCUUUGAUCCCAUCGGUGUCAUCCUCGAUCGUUUCUGAGCCAUCAUCAAGUUUCGCUAGCUCUAUUACCUCCGGAUCAUCAUCGGCAUCGGCAUCAGCAUCAGCAACCGCCUCCGGUAGCUCAAUUGUCUCUGCCUCUGAAUCUUCAUUCGCAUCUUCGACAUUGGCUUCAAGCUCCGAAAGUGGUCUUCCAUCAAGCUCAAGUUAUAUCGCCAUCAGUUCCACGAUUCCAGUAUCGUCAUCCUCAGCCCCAGAAAGUAUAUCAUCUACUGAAUCUGGUUCACAAUCAACAGUAACUUUGAGUUCCAUUCCCGUCACAUCUUCUGCUUUAAGCUCCGAAUCCACACCUGCGCCCAGCGGUUCGCUAAGUUCUUUCGGUCCAACUUCUACUUCUGCUGUAUCCUCUAUUGCCGCCUCAUCAUCUGCUGUAAUAAGCUCAAGUGCUAUUUUGUCGAGUUCCACUGCAGAAAGCUCAAGUGCUACCACCACAGGAUCAACCAUCCCUGCACCAACACAAGUCCCAAUCAUCGAUACUUCAGUUGGUGAAUAUGUGGAAUUGGGUUGCUACAUAGAUUCCACUUACAAUGGUUUCCCAUUGACCCCACCUCCCACACCAAUUGGUGGCAGCACCGAUCCGUCAGUAGUUGGUUCACCCGCCAGCUGUGCAUUAUUUUGUUCCACCGCCAACAAUGGUGAAGCAUUCGACUUCAUGGGUAUCGAGCCAGGCCAUUGCUAUUGUUCCAAUGGAUAUGAUCUCGGUCAAGCGGAUGGUAUUUGUAACUACCAAUGUCCAGAUGAUCCAUCUCAAUCUUGUGGAGGAAAUUCACCCGCAAGGAGAUUCUCACGUCGUGCCGGUCCCCCGUCAAUCGUCACUUAUCAACUCCGACGUCGCGUCAUAUCUUCUUCUGCUAUCAGUUCAUCGCCAGCUACUUCGUCUUCAGCUCAAUCUCCUGGUAGUACUAUAUCAUCUUCUGCUUCUUCUGUUCCUCAAUCUGCAUCGGCAAGUUCAACUGAAUCAGUCAUAUCAAGUGCUGUACUUUCAUCCAGUGAAGCUGCUACUUCUUCCUCAAUUGCCGCGACUUCCUCGAACAUCCCAUCCAGCUCCUCGGUACCAACCUCAUCGAUCUCUUCUUCAACCGAGCCAUCUAGCAUAAGCAGUAGCAAUCCUACAACUGUGCCAUCUAGUGCUAUUCCAUCGAGUUCUUCUGCCUUCACUUCGACUGAAGUAUCAUCAUCAUUCAGCUUUUCUAGCAGUAAUGUUGUAUCAUCAGCUGAAUCAACCUUCGGUCCAAGUAGCUCCCAAGGCCCAAGUUCUGUUCCACCGACCAGCUCGGCAUUCUCUUCUGCUCAACAAGCUUCAUCAAGUGUUAUCUCGAGCUCUCAACGCACUUCAGUUAGUGCUGAGCCAUCGAGCAGUCAAGUCAGCAAUCUUCCAUCGAGUUCAGUUGAACCAUCAUCGAUUGCUUCAUCUGUGACCACUCAAUCCACCUCAAGUAGUGUUGAGCCAUCCAGCAGCCAAUCCAGUAAUCUUCCAUCGAGCUCCACUGAAUCAUCAUCCAUCUCUUCAUCUAUAGUCCAAGAAUCCAGUACUAUAUCCAGCAUUGCUCAAUCGAUCAGUUCAUCGGCCUCGACGACCAGCCAGCCUCCAAUCUCAUCUUCAGCCGCAUCCACGACAUCACAACUCCCAAGCAGCACUCCAUUCUCAUCUUCAGCUGCUUCUUCCAUCCUCCCAACCUCCUCAGCCGCACCUUCCUCAUUCUCCACCCGUACAUCAUCAAGUUCAUCUUCGAGCACCAUAUCCACGUGCCCAGCAGCUACAAUCACAAACGGAGGUUUUGAAUCCGGAGCCUUGGCACCCUGGGCCCCAAGAAGCGACGGUAUCGCCAACGCCAAGAGUAACGUCGUUAUCAACAAUCCAGCUGUUGCACACACGGGUAACUCUUACCUGUAAGUAUCCCUCAUUCCCACCCUGGCUCUAAUCCACACCUCCACCUCUUUUAAAAAAAAAAUUACCCAGGCUAACAACAAACCUCCCACAGCCAAAUAACCAUGACCCAAGACUUCCUCUCUCUAAUCCAACAAACCACCACCAUCUGCCCGACAACCAAAUCCCUCACCCUAACUGCCUGGGGCCAAGCCGCCAAAUCCCGCGAUUGCUGGCUCCAAAUCUGCGUAAACAAGGAUACAUACUGUUCGGUACCCACUCCAUUAAAGAAAGGCAAAUGGAAGAAAAACACCCUAGUAUACAAGCCACGAAACAAUCUCGUCGGAAGAACGGACGCAAAGGUCCAAAUUUAUACAGAGUGUCGAGGAGAAAGUGACGGAAUGGUAUUGGUAGACGAUGUGGUUAUUACUCGAUCGAAGCUAUCGUCUCGAGAGGUCGUGCCGCAGUUAGCGCCUAGGAUGGGAACGUUGAAGAUGAUUGGUGCUUAAGCGAUUGGUUGGUUUAUUAGAACGAAUUAGUGUUGUUUAGUGGAUCGGAGGCGUGUGCGUUG